UUGUCGGUCUACCCACAAAAAAUGUUAUCCGUUCGGCUGAUGCGUGUCAGUUGACAAAAAUUUGUGUUCACUCUACGCUAACGAGUUUAGUUCUUACUGUAGGUGAUCUUGUGGUAAACGACAGCAGUAAGAGACUCGCAUUGGUGCGCUGCGCAUGCGCCUGCGAGAGGCGUACUCACGGACGACUUAGAAAAAUUUAAUAUUUACCUGUGAUACAUAGAUUUGGUGGAAAAUUUAGUGUAAACAAAAUAUACCGUUUCUAAAACUAGUUCGUUUUGGUGAAAGGAUUGACCAGUACCAAAGGCGUUCGUCUCGUUUAUAUAAUCUGACGUGAAAAGGAACAUAGACUUGACGAAAUGGAAAAAACUGAGAGUAAUAGCAUCAAUUGGAAUGUGGGAGAUAAGUUAUCAACAUCGGAUCCCAGCAUUUCAGCGAUGUCCGAUGAGGUGCCUACCCUCACUGUGGCCACCAUUUUGGGAGUAGCAGUGGUCAUCAUUGUAGCAAUUAUUUUUGUUUUCGUAUUAGGAGUCCUGAUCGAUUGGAGGCAGCAGAGACUGAUAGAUAAAAAAAUGGUUGAUGUUAAGCGUAUGAAAAGUCGUCGUAUAAAUACUUAUCCAGAAGCGGAUGACGUCAGCAUUGCAAACAAUAUGGCGGAAGAUGGUGUGAGUACGCCCCCAGCGGAGGCGUUACGACAGAUACCAUAGUUAUGUUAACAUUUUUUCCAUUUAUUUUGUACAUAUAUUUAUAAUCAGAAAACUUAACAAUGUAAAGCAAUUCUUUUCUUACUUAUAAAAAUAUAAUUUAUGAAAUUAGGCAAAUAUCAACGUGUAUAUUGGAGUUGUUUAAAUUUUAAUAAUAAUCUAGUACCAAAAACUUGACCUUAUUCUAAAUGUUUUUUAGAAUUUAUAACUUAUUAUUAGUGUAUAUUGUAUGUAUUUUUUAUCUUAUAACAACAUUGUGUUACGCAAAAAAUAAAUAAAAUGUUAGUAUUGUUGUAUGUUA